AUGGCUUUUGUAAUUGGUAUCAUAAAUAAGGGAAUCUCCACCACAGUCGGACUUGCUGCUGAGAAGUACUACGAUCACAAGGAUCGUAAGACAGUGCUCGCUAUCCAAGGCUCCCCCCCGAACACCUCACAAGAGCACCUCGACCCAGACGACAGAGUGCAAAGCGAUGAGCAAGAUUGGGCUCUCGACGAAGCUGCUGAUCCGCCAGACUACGAGACUUCAGAAGCCCAUAGUCGACCUGCCGCAGAGAGAACGAUUUCAGAACUCGUGCAUGACACCGUCUCCAUAGCGCCGUCCCAAGCACAGCCCUCACCAGCAUGCCAACUUCCUUACCCUAUUGUCAUUCCGCAACGCCGACCGGGGACGAAAACCAGAGGAUUCGCGAGAGCCUAUCCACCUGAUCUAGCACCCUUCGGUAUCGAUCAAGAUACCUUCUUCCGCUUUCUCCAGAAUUUCCAUUCCGCAUCGCAAGCCUCGCCCUGGCUAAAUGCUCUCUAUAUCUCUGCCGGCAUUGUGGGAUUUGUUCCCGGCGUCAUAACGCUUGCAGUGUCCAUCUCUGUCCAAUUAGCAGCAGGCACCGCGAUCGAACUCCAAGGCCGCUACAAAGCCAACGCUUUUCUGGACCAGGUCAAUAAAGAACUCUUCAUGCCCCUCGGACUCUAUGCUAUGGUUUUGAUGUACAAGCCCGACGGUCCUGGAACUGAAACAGCCCCUGCCUUUGGUGUCGAGACGGUGAAUCUUGAGACUGCAAAAUUCAUCUCCAAAUGGGGGCUUCCAAAAAACCCAUACCACGAUGAGCACGAGGUCUCCACCAAGGCCAAGAUCCUCCGGCCAAUACGCGAAUCCUCCGGACGGACCGCCGGUGAAGCAAUGAUGCCACUCGAAGUCGCACCACUUGUCUACCCGGGGCUCGAAGAUUUGGUGGAACGGCCGAAUGUAGUCAGGGAUGAAUCUUUCAAGGCACGCCUCCAACGCAACAAAAAGUUCGUCGGGGAGUAUUUCGACCGUCGGGCCGCCGCAUCCUACACAGGAAACAAUCCAAACACCAUCCUCACACAAUCAACGGCGCCCUCCCAAACACAGUUCCGUUCACGCUUCGCAGAUCCCAACCACCCCUGCAACAACGGACACCUCCUCUCGCUCAUCACGGGCGGCAAGUACAUCGCCCAGCCGCUGGGGUCGCGACGGUUGCGAGAGGUCGGCGAAGAUGGGAAAUUGAAGCCAGAGCCGAGGCAGAAGAUUCGGGGACCGAUCGGCCUGAUCGGGCAUGGAGUGAGAAAGGUGCUCAGUCCGAGUAUCUUGUAUUUGACGAUUGUGAAUUUGCCGAGUGAGGAGGACAUGGCGGAAGCGAAAGCGAUGUUGGAUAAGGAUGGGAAAGGAAUAAAGGAGUUGUUGAAGGAAUUAAGGGAGAGGAAGCAACAGUGA